AGCCAGCUCGAAGGUAUUAUGUUUGUGGCUGUAAACAGUUGUACAGUGUUUCAAGUAUAAACAAUGAUGAUGACAAUGGAAACUACACCAAAUAUAAAUAUGUGAACCGUAAUACCAAUAACAGAACAGUAUUGUCAAGGUCACAAAAUACUGGAGUAAAAUGGGCAGUAUCGGGUCUCCACAGCCAGUCUUUAUUUUUACAUUCCUCCUCAUUAUUUAUAGACCUCAACUUAUACGAAGAACAUAUAUUUAAGCGUUUAUUUCAUUCAUCGGCAUAUCUUAGCAAAGAGGAUACUGUUGUCGAAAAAUCACUGAAAAAUUUGAAGGAGAAGGAAAAAGAAAAAUCCUCAAAAGAUAAAGUGAAGUUGAAAGAGCCUGUGCCAGUACCAGAGAAACAGAAUAUAGUUAAAGCUUUUGCUACGAAAAUUUACGCAAAAUGGCUAAAAUUUAUCAAAUUUUUACGAGAGGAAGGAAUAGUUGGAGUUGGAAAACACCUUUAUCACGAAUUUUUGUUCUAUAAAGAUGGAAUGAAACUGUUCUGGAAAGAUUUACGUAUUUGUAUACCAUUAAGUUAUAAAUAUUUAAAAAGUGGGAGGUCGACCCUAACCAGGAGAGAAUAUAGAUUGUUAAAACAGACCCUUGUAGAUUUGUUGCUGAUGUUUCCAAUCCUGCCAACUCUGAUUAUACCAUGCAUGGAGGUUUUAAUUCCAGUCUUUAUGUAUAUUGGGAUGAUACCAAAAGUGUUCAUAUCAAAGGAAGCAAGGGAAACCCAGAUAAGUAACAAACUUCAAAGGAAAAUUGAGUCUGCCAAACUGUUGGUAGAAAGUCUUCAUGAUAUGCCGCUAAAAGCCAAAAGCAAAAAAGAUGAUACAGUGUCAAGUGUACAAGAAUUUACAGACUUUAUGAAAAAGGUGAAAAGUAGUGAAGUGAUACCUCCAAUAUCAGAGAUAUUAAAGUUUUCCCGGUUGUUUGAGAACACUUUAACCCUGGAUGAUCUCAGUAUAAAACAGUUACAGGGUCUGUGUAAACUACUAGGUAUCGGGUUCCUGAGUGAUAUACCCAAUGCUAGAGUACUCCGAUUCCAGAUUGAAACGAGAAUGAGAGAACUUACAGUGGAUGAUAAGUUUAUUUUGCGUGAUGGUAUAGACUCUCUAACUACUGAAGAAUUACAGGCAGCUAACAGGGCGCGAGGUAUGCGAGCACUCGGUGUAUCAGAGGAGCGUCUUAAAAUACAGCUUGAACAUUGGUUGGAACUUCAUCUCAAAGAAAGAGUUCCAACUAGUUUGUUAUUGUUAUCAAGAGUCAUGUACCUUGAUGAAAACUUGUCACCUGCAGAACAACUGCGACAGACUAUCUCAUCUCUCCCAGACACAACUGUGGACAAAGCUAAAGUCACAUCUGCAGAAUCAAGCGGUGAAUCAGUUGACAAGGCAACCAAGAUUAAAGUUCUGGAAGAAGAGAGCAAGGCCAUCAAAUUGGAGAAGGAAGCUGCUGCUGAAGAAGAGAGAUUGGCUAAAGAGAAAGAAAAAAUGGAGAAGCAACAGGAAGAGGAACGUAAAGCCGAAGAAGAGAAACGUAAACUCGCAGAACUUACCUUACAGAAAAUGGACAACCAGAAUAUUAUUGAUGAACUUGCAUUCAAGUUUGAGAAGGAAAGAGAAAAACGUAUUGAUACCCCAAUAGAAGCAGAACCAGUUCCUGAAACAGUGAAGGAACCAGUAGACUCUGCACAAGAUAUCACCGAAGAUGUUAAACCUGUUGUUGACACUGCAGAACCUAUUGUUGAACAACCUUCUGAAGAGAAGGUAGAUAAGGCCGAGAAAAUUGAAGAUGAGGACAAUAUAACAGCAAAGGACCUUGGAGAUAUAGAGAAAGCUAUUGAAGAUCAGGCUAAACAUUACAAGGAUGAACUUGCAGAGGUUGCUGAGGAUCUGGAUGAAUAUAAAGAGGAUGUAGAAGACAUCAAGGCAUUGUGUUUGAAAUCAGACCUUGAGAAAGAUAUAGAAGAGACGUGGAACGCCAAACUUUUACUGAAACGUAUGGACAAGGUGCUUAAGCAGUUUGAUACGAAGAUAUCAAAACUACAAGAUGAGAAGAUUAAGAUACAGGAAAAUAUUGAUAAACAAGAGGUGUCACUGAAGUAUGAUUUAGACGGUAAAAGUGCAGAGAUAAUGGAGGAUAUUUCAGCUAAAAAGAAGAACUUGGUCAGUAUCAAUGAUGUACUGUUAUCAUUGAAGAGAUUUCAGAAGGUACCUGAUGAUGUCAAGAUGCAGAAAGUGCUUGAGGUUCUCGACACAGAUAAAGACGGUCUUAUUGAUAUCAACCAUGUACUCAAG